AUGUGGUACGAGAGCGGUGCAGCGACCAACUACAUUGGUAGAAAUCAAGCCAUCAAGAAGCUGCAGCUGACUAUAGCAGACUUUAGACGAUUAUGCAUACUCAAAGGAAUCUAUCCGCAUGAACCUAAAAACAGGAAGAAGGUGAACAAGGGAAGCACAGCCCCAAAGACUUUCUACUACUUGAAGGACAUUCAGUUUCUUGCCCAUGAACCCAUAAUUCACAAGUUUCGACAGUUCAAGGUAUUUGUCAGACGAUUGAAAAAAGCCGUCGCAAAACAGCAACCCGAAACUGCUGAGAGGCUACGUGAGAACAAGCCUGUGUAUAAGUUGGACCACGUUAUCAAGGAACGGUAUCCGACGUUUAUCGAUGCACUGCGUGACUUGGACGACGCACUGUGCAUGGCCUUCCUGUUCGCGACCUUCCCCAAACAGUCACGCACUCACCUAGAGGUCAUUCAGCUGUGUCGCAGACUCACUGUCGAGUUCAUGCACUACGUAGUCACGGCGAAAGCACUGAGAAAGGUGUUUGUGUCAAUCAAAGGCAUCUACUAUCAAGCAGAGAUACAUGGCCAAACGGUCAACUGGAUAAUACCACAUCAAUUUGGCUACAUGCCACCGGAGGAUGUGGAUUUCCGCAUCAUGGCGACGUUCACGGAGCUGUACACGACAAUGCUUGGCUUCGUAAACUAUCGUCUCUACCACGGCCACGGCCUCGUCUACCCGCCCGCACUCGCUCGCUGGACCUCUAUACACCGCACGCAGGACGGCGACACCUGGUGUGGGGAGGACGAAGUAGCAGACGAGGUACGCUGGGUGUUGGGUGUGGUGGGGGGGGGGGUCGUUAGGAUUUGCAGCAGUUGUCAUUGUGUUCGAAAGAUAAAUGACAGACUGGAAAACUUCUGGAUAUUGUUGUAGGGUGACGACGAGUCACAAGUGGAAGACGCACAGGCACGCAUGGAAGAGCUAAAGAAAUUACAAUCACUUUUUAACGGACUAAAGUUCUAUCUCAACCGAGAAGUUCCGCGAGAAUCCUUGGCAUUCGUUAUACGUACGUUUGGGGGCCAGGUUUCAUGGGAUGAUACUGUCUGCAUCGGUGCUACUUAUAAAGAAAGUGAUGAGAGCAUCACACAUGAAGUCGUUGACCGGCCGAAAAUCAUGGGAAAGCAGUACUUAUCCAGGUAUUACGUGCAGCCGCAGUGGGUGUACGACAGUGUGAACGCACGCACUCUGCUUCCUGCUCAGGACUACCUGCCCGGAGCCAUGCUGCCACCACACCUCUCACCGUUCAUUGAGGAGAAGGAGGGUGACUACAUGCCGCCAGAGCGCGAGGCCAUGCUGGCGGGACGAACGACACGCGCACCCGAUGCUGAGAGCGACGAAAACAGCGAUGAUGAUGAUGAUGAUGGUGCUGAUAAGGAUGAGGAGGCAGAGGAGGAGGAGGCAGAGGAGGAAGAAGGUGGCAAGAAAGGGAAAGGUAACAGGAAGAGGAAGUCGGAGUCGACCAUGACUAAGAUGGUCGUUGAACGGGGAGCUCCUGAGGAUAAGGUCGCCUCGCAGCGAUCCGAGUUUUUCGCGAACAAGGAAGAGAAGAAGCUAGCAGAGAUGAUGAUCCCGAAGAAGAGGAAGAGGCUCUAUGAGAAGAUAGUCUAUGGACAGAAGCGCAAGGCUAAGGAGGUGGCCAAGUUGACUGAUAAGAGAAAGGCGCAUGACAGAGCUCGGAACAAAAAGAAGGUAAUUGCUCAAAAGUAGCAUUUAUUCGAAUAUAGUGUUCAAAAUCAGUGAGGUGUCUCUAACCACGUGUGAGCUAGGGAUGGCAGCAUAGCAAUGAACACGUCAUGUUACCUCGUAAAAUACAAGUAAUCAUGUCGCUUGCGUCACAUCAUUGGAAAUAGUGUCUGGAACGCUUGUGAGAUAUUUGGAAUACCUAAUCAGCUUUUAUCAUCUCCUACACGAGGUAACGAUGCUCGAUUUUUUUUCUGUUGGAAUUUAAAUGUUUCAAUCUGUUUAUUUUCUGGCAUAUGAUCGUGUUGCUGAUGAACGUUUCUAAUGGGAAAUAAAGGAAAAGAUUGUCUUUCUUGCAAAA